AUGCACACGGCCCUCCGCAGCGAGAUACAACGACGGAUGGGAGAUCGGUGCAAGAAGCUGCAAACGGAUAUUGGGAGGAAAUAUUUGGGGAGAACGGAUUACGAGGAGAAUGAAAAGGAGUUGAAGGCGAUCACGAUUCUGGCUGAGGACUUGAAGAUUUUGCUACUUGAAGCUCCGCAUAUUAAUACGCCUAUGGACCUAAAAGACAUCCACCUGGCCCCCAUCAUCGUCCAGAUUCGAGUCAGCAACAGAAGUGUGCUGAUGCGGUUGAUGAACAAGACGGGCAUCGGGGCCAACAACAAAAAGACCGAACUUGCCGGUGUUGAUGCGCUUAGCGGCCUAUCCCGUGACCUCGUCGAUGUGAUCAUUGAGGAAAAAGGACUAGCCGAGGCGACAAAAAGAAUGUGCUCCUACCUGGAGGACUACUGGGCGGCCACUCAUCCACAGUGGCAAGAACUA